UGGGGCUGGAAUACCACACAGGCUCCAUCCUCCGCCGCUGGAAGAGGAACUGGUUCGCCCUGUGGAUGGACGGAACCCUGGGCUACUACCAUGACGAGACGGCGCAGGAUGAAGAAGACCGUGUGCUCAUCCACUUCAACGUCCGAGAUAUAAAGGUCGGCCAAGAGUGUCAUGAUGUGCAGCCCCCAGAGGGCCGGAGCCGAGAUGGCCUGCUGACCGUGAACCUACGGGAGGGUUCCCGCCUGCACCUGUGUGCAGAGACCCGAGAUGAUGCUGUAGCAUGGAAGACAGCGCUGCUGGAAGCGAACUCCACCCCGGUACGUGUCUACAGCCCGUACCAAGACUACUACGAGGUGGUGCCACCCAACGCCCAUGAGGCCACUUACGUCCGCAGCUACUACGGACCUCCCUAUGCAGGCCCCGGCGUGACGCACGUGAUAGUGCGAGAGGAUCCCUGCUACAGCUCGGGCGCCCCGCUGGCCAUGGGCAUGCUCGCCGGGGCUGCCACGGGCGCGGCGCUCGGCUCGCUCAUGUGGUCGCCUUGCUGGUUCUGAGCCCUGGGACCUCACCCUGCGUGUGUACACCGCUAGACCCCAUUUCCUCCUGAAUCCCAUCCUCUAAGCCUUGUCUCAUGACGGCCCUCUCUGCAUUUAGUCCCUUCUGGGCUUGGCUCGCCCCACCUAUUCCUUUCUCUCUUCACCUCCCACCACCAAGGAAGCUCUCCUCUCAGGCAAGUGCAUGGCUACAGCCGCCACAUACCCCCAGAAACAACGUAUGACCUUGUUUCUUACACAAACAGCAACGUAACUUCAUAUGGUUCCAAAUUCUUCAGGCUCUGGAGACAUGAACAGGCUAGCUGUUCUGUCCUGGGGGGUACUCCAAGCCUGGUAAGGAAAAGAGGAAUAAACAAAGAAGCUGCAUCAGUGCUUUGCCCCUGGGACGUGCUGGGCAGGGAGCAGGACAGCUAGGCUGGGAAUACUGCUUUUGCCACGAGCACUGUGGCAUGUUCAAGGAAUUAGAGGAAUUCAGUUGGGCAGUCAGAUCACCGUGACCUUCUAGACUAACAGCUUGCUGAAUAAAGGGGAUAUAGGCUCUUAUGGAGGGAUGUUUUGUGAUCACGGCUACAAUAAAUAUUUUGCUGUUUGUGUUAGGCCUGCAGUCUCUAUACCCUUCUCACUACCAAAUUCUCUAGUCCCGUUUCCUAUGACAACAAUUGAGCUGAAUCUGGUGGCUCUUGGUUAGGGAACAGGUGGACUGUGUUUUGAGACCAUUAGCCUUAGAAGAGGCCUCCAUCAGGGAAUGCCUUUCUGAUUCCAGGAGCUCAGUCCUCUGACACCAUCAAAGCUGUCUUUUCCCUUACUCCGGGGAAGAUGGAUUUUUUUCCCUGUAGGGCCUGACUCACCUUUGUUCCAGCCUGGGGGAUCCCUCAUGUGCCUGCCUUUAGGUGGCCCAGCAGUCUCCUCCUAGACUUUCCCCCUUCCCAUCUUAAAGCCAAUAGAAAUGCUAACAUCCUUGCCCACUAAAGUUCCCUUGUAGAUGGGGGCCCCAUUGGCUCAGCUGCAGAGACUAAUAAAGAUGUGAUUGGCUCUA